AUGGAAGUCAUCACGGACUUCUUGGCGCCUAUCCUUAUGCAGGUUAUUCUGGUAUGCUGCCCCUACGCAUACACAGGUGCACUUCCUUCAGCUGCUCCUCUCACCCUCAAAACACCUGUACUCAACACUGUGGCUCCUGCGCCUGUCUCUUACAAUGUCGGCCCUGCACCAGUAUCCUACAACAUGGCUCCUGCACCUGUCUCUUACAAUGUCGGUUCUGCACCAGUAUCCUACAACGUGGCUCCUGCACCUGUGACUUACAACGUAGCUCCCUUCGCACCUGUAGCACCUGUCCAGUCUCAGUACCACGCUCAAGACGAGCUCGGUCAGUACUCCUUCGGUUACGCCGGCGGUCCAUCUUCACGCGCUGAGUCUCGCGACGCCUUCGGUGUUGUCCGUGGUUCGUACAACUACGUGGACUCUGAGGGCAAGGUUCAGACUCAGCACUACGUGGCUGACGCCCUCGGCUUCCGUGCGUCCGGCACCAACCUUCCAGUGGCUCCCGACGCCCCUUUGGCCGCCCUCCCCGGCCCCGUCCCUGAACCCGUUCAGGACACUCCUGAAGUAGUCGCCGCCAAGAUCGCCCAUCUGCAGGCCUACAACGAAGCCGCAGCCGCCGCCGCUGCCGCUCCCGACACCCGCUAGGGAAAGAGCUUCACUUGGACGAGAAAGUCAAUACAGUAGUGCGUAGAGCUCUCGC